AUGAAACUCGACUAUCGCACAAGACUAUCCCCGUUGGAAUGGCCAAAUGGAAGCAUCGGCCAAACUGCCCCAGAAGGCUGGGGUAUCGGCGCCGCAAUCGCCACGAAACUGUCGCAACACGGUGCCUUCAUCUUCGGCGGAAACCGCAGCUUGUCCGCGGCCGAGCGAACAAAGGCCCAGAAAGAGGCUGACGGCGGCACAUGUGACAUCCAAGAAACAGAGGCUACUGAUGCCGCGUCUGUCAAGGCGCUGGUGGACAGCUGCAUGCAGAAACACGCCGAAUCGAUAUCCUCAUCAAUACUGUGGGCAGAUCGGAGCCAGGGUGCCCGGCAGAGGAAGUAUGGGAUCAGCAGGUUGAUGUGA